AUGGAUAUUGUGAACAGAUUGAGCAGCCAGAAGAAAAAUGAAGCAUGGGACGGCGAAAACAGAGGCUUUUCUAAGGCUUUGUGCAGUCUUAGUCCUAGUCCUUACUGCAUAAAAGCUACCUUCAGAGAUUUGAAGGCCCUCUUGGUUUUGGUUUAUGUUGUUUCUGUGGCUGCCGGUUACAAUCUGCUUCAACUUGGAAAGUGUUCAAAGUCAGCUUGGUACAAAGAAAACUUGAAAGGGUCUAACAUAUACGUAGCUUGGCUUUGCUUCUUGCUGGAUCAGGUAGCUGUGUACGUGACAUUUGGAGCAAACUCAGCUGCGCUUGAGGCUUCUGUGCUAGCAAUAAAAGGCGCACAAGAUUUUCAAUGGAUGAAGUUGUGCAACAAAUAUACAAGAUUCUGCUUUCAAAUUGGUGGGGCUUUGGCAUGUGGGUAUGUGGCCUGUAUCCUAAUGGCUUGGAUAUCCCUCAUCAGCGCUUUCAAUCUCUUUAGGCUUUACUCACCAAAAAAAUUCCUUCUGUUAAAGAGCAGAGCGUGA